AUGUCUGCGCUGGCAUCGUGGCGUUUGCUCCGUGGGAAGACGGCCUGCAGCACCGGCGACACAACAGGCAUUGGCCGAGAAAUAGCGUUAGAAUACCUACGACAAGGCGCCAAUGUCGCCGUGAAUCACCUAGAUCUCCUCCAAGACGCAAAACACAAGCACAGCCUACUGGAAACGGCGAAGGAGAUCAGGAGCCGAGGCGCCAGCGAAGGUCUGCCGGCUGGAGAGCUCAUUGAGGUGCCUGGAGACAUCACCAAGCCGAAAACGGGUCACAAUCUGGUCGAAGAAGCCGUGAAAAACUGGGGUGGCAUUGAUAUCUUUGUUGCGAACGCUGGCAUUUUCAAAGCAAUCGACGAAGAUAUAUUUGACCAGUCUAUAAAAGUCAACGUCAACGGAACGCUCUACACAUGCCAGGCGGCAGCACGUCAGAUGAAAAAGCAAGGCCGUGGCGGAUCGAUAAUAGGCAUUUCCUCGAUCAGUGCGUUACAAGGAGGCGGCCUUCAAGUACAUUACACGCCAACCAAGGCGGCUGUACUGUCGAUGAUUCAGUCAAUGGCUAUUGCGCUUGCAAAGGACAAGAUCAGGUGCAACGCCCUGCUGCCCGGGACAAUCCACACGCAGCUGGCGGAUGAGGACAUGGCAAAUGAUGUCAAGCGCAAGUACCUAGAGCAUCGGAUUCCCAUGGGACGGGUGGGCAGACCAGAGGAUCUGGCUGGGCCGGCGGUGUUCCUGGGCUGCGAGCAACUGAGUGGAUUCAUGACUGGGUCGCAGAUAUUAGUGGAUGGUGGAAUGUUUGUCCACCUGCAGUGA